GGUUAAGAAAAUUUAAUGUACACCUGAGUGGUCAAGGACUACAAGGCAAGAUAAGGAAGUACAAGUGGGCAGAUCAAUUGCAGUUUUUAAAUGCCUUUGUGACUACAAGGAGGUAUUAAUACUUUUUAUUUUGGUACAUAAACAACUGUAAAGUAAACUACGGUAAAAUGAGAUUUAUGAAAUAAACUACAAGUUCUUAUUAAUAAAUAUCAUUUGUUCUACAUUCAACUAAUACUGUAAUUAUAAAAAAUACAAGUUACUUUUGAUACAAAAAAUAUAUUGCUACUAAACAUUAAUUUAAUUAAGUAUUGCUGUUAAAUAUUACCUGAUUUACACUGCACUACAAUAAAACAGUUAAGGAGCAUGUCUAUGUAUAAAUGCAUCCAUAGCCUUGCUCGAGUUUGUUUCUAUAAUGAAGUUGAAAUGGUGUUCAACAGACUUUCACUUAAAACAAGAAAUUAAGAGAUCACAGAUUUGCGCAAUUACUAAGUGCAUAGGAUAAAUAAUUUAACAUCAAGAAUUUAACUUUAUUUUUUUUUUGCAGAAGCACUGGAAAUUUGCCAUCUACUGCAGAUGAUAAAUGUAGCACACUACUAAACAGUAUUCUGGAAGGUGAUGUUAACAAUGAAAAAGAUAACGAUAAUGAAAAUGCUGUAGCGGGUGCAUCAACAGCCAAUAUUGAGCCUGCUGUUAUGUCAUCACAAAUACAAAGGGAGAAAGUUAAGAAUGAUGAAGUCAAUUCAGCCAUAAUUGACUAUCUUCGAAUAUCAAUGUGCUGACUAAAACAAACAUCUUAAACUGUAAAUACUACCAUCCAAACAUUGGUAUCUGCUGCUAAUUAACUCUAACUAAUGGCUACAAGAUCGUCAAAAUCUAAACAAAGCAAGCGAGAAAACUAGCGAAAAUGUCUCUUCUACCGGUAAGAAAAAACUAGGCCUAAGCCCUGGCCCGGUGGACACUAGUUUCCAAGAACCAACAACAGCGUCGGCGGCAACAGAGACACUGUUGACCGAGCCAUUGUCAUCGCUGCUAGGCCCCCUUCAAAACCUCUUAGCCGAUGAUCCAUAAUUAAUCUCGAUAUUAGCAACUACUGUAGUAUCAGUAAUCAUCUUUUGUCUUCGUCAGAACUGUUUGACAAAAUUAUCACUUAGGCUAUUUGUAACAAGAAACACUAAUAUCUGAAAUUAGUAAAUUAUUUCAGAUAAAGUCAGUGAAAAUGUUUAUACUAGUGUUGCGUAUGAAACCCAGACAACAGCGGGCAACAUUGUUGAACUGCGGAAAAAGAACAGUGUGCUGGUAGCUGAAAACUGAGCAAUGAGUGAAAAAAUUUGACGAACUAGAACACUACAGUAGGCGAAUCUGUCUCCUGUUACACGCCAUAUCGGAGUUGGCCGACUCUUUAGCAUUGGAUAUUAUUACCUCCAAGGUUACUGAUGAAAUUGAGCUCUGUGACUUUGAUCGUACACACCGACUCGUCGAGCGUGUCAUCUGUAGAUGAAUCUUCGUCCAAGAAGCAGAGACGUGAAUCCACUCACAGUGAUGAUGACUUCAGCAUGCCCGGCACAUCAACGCCUUUACUCCAGUCGUCAGAUAGCGACUGGUCACACACAUCGAACAAAAAAUUAUUCGACAGCCCCAUUGCGACAGGUGGCCAAGAUUUGCCUAUCAAAGGAAAAUUUCUGCAGAUGGAACAAUUAAUUAAAGUUCUACGAAAUGGAGAGAAGACGCCUCUUAAACGUGUGCCAAUUGAGAAAAAAGAACAAUUUUAUAUAAUCGAGAACGACGAAAAUGUACAGCAAAUAACAAAAAGUGUGCAUGCUGUGGAGCUUGGGUCAGUGGAGCAAACAAUAAGACUCUUAUCAGUAAAACUCCAUUGA